ACACACGAACUGCCGCAACAAAUCUUCCGGGACAUAUCCACUCUUGCUCGACAAGAAACUAGGGUCACCAAGCACAGCAAACGAUCAUCUGCCAGACUCACAUAACGACAAUCGCCACCGACGGCCUCGAUAAAAUCCCCGGACGGGGUCCUCCGUUCAAAUUGAUGAUGGCGCAACAACUCUACCUCCAACUUCAUUACUCUGGCCUCAGCCCUACCACCGAGUUUCACUCACCCACGACAAACUACGACAGGACAUCGUCAUCGUCCUUGUCACCAUCCCCUGUGAUGACUGUUGGUACAGUCUUUAGGCCAACCAGACCUGAGGACUGGGAGCCAUACCGGGAUCUGAUAGCUCAUCUGUAUACGACGAUGAAGCUGAAGGAUGUCAUGAAUGAGAUGCAUACAAGACACAAUUUCAAGGCAACCGAGAAGCAGUAUAAGACGCAGAUCAAAAAGUGGAACCUGGACACCAAGUACACCAAGGCGUCCGAAUACAUGGCCAUGAUCAAGACCAAGAGGCGACGAGAAAAUGAAAACCCACCAAAACAAACACGCUUCAUUCUCCGAGGGCGACCCGUGGAUCCAAAAGACAUCAACCGGUUCGAGAAGCGGGCAUCCAAGAAGGGAAUGAUAAAGGAUGAAGAGCUCGCCUACAACGCCAAGGGUAUGCCCCACAACAAUCAUCAUUACGGUUGCUGCCAACAAGUUAACACAUUCGGGUAUGAAGAAGCAGAGGAUAUUGAAGAUCUGGUUUACAUCACUCCCUCACCCUCACCAGAGCCGAACUUUUCAUCAUACGCCCCUCCCCCACCUCCAACACAAUACCAAACAACCGAAUACCAUGAGCAAUAGCAAUUAACGGGAGUGGGAGCUCAUCAUCAAGCACCCACGACGGACGAUC